UGUGCACUGGGUAGAUACAAUUUCUUCCCCUUUUAUUUGAAAUUCCCCACAACAGCGGCAACAUUGUUUUCCCCUUCUGUGUUUCAUUUUCAGCUCUUGCGCCAGAGCCGCUCUUCGAUCAUCGUUCUGCAUCGUGCGCGUUCGCCUCUCAUUUGUUGUUUGCCUCUCAUCGAUGUUGGUAGUUUGUGUUGAUUGCGCCGUCGUUUGUUGUCGCUACGCGUUUUCAACAAUUUUUGUUUUUCGGUGACUCCUUUUAGCCAAAUUCCGUUAGUGCUACACUAAUUACAAUGUGCAAAGCGAAAUAGACGAAACGAAAUCGGGAAAAACAAAAACAAAAAUUAAUAAUUUUAUUUUGUGGUAAAUAGUUAGUGCAAAAGAGGAAAAAUAAAUAAAUAAAUGGAAUAAACCUUGAUGAAAGUGGUGAAAAUAAAAAUCGAAAAUCAUAGUAAUUCACAAGCGUUAAUCGAAUGCGCUUCCCUGCGCUAUUGGAACUAACCGCUCAUUAGCUGCUUUCGCUGACUUUCGGCACAAUCCUGUCAUUUGCGGAAAAAGUGUGUGUUUUCGUCAAUAUUUGGUUGUUUUAAAUAAAUGAAAAAUCGAGAAAUGUAGAAUGAGUGCAAAACAAAUUGAAAAGUGAUACUCAGCAUUUAAUAAUAACUCAACAGUCACAAGCGGUGUUUUACCAAUUAAUUAUCAACUGCAAGCAAAACAUACGCGCUGAUAAACAGAUAAAGAUUGCGCGGCGAUAUUGGGUACAGUGCGAGCAGCGGAGUUUGUGUGUGUGACAGUGCGAAACCAUAACGCUCGACGGUCUGAUUGCUGUCGCCUAUAGCAACAAAAACAAAAAACAAAACAAUAACAUUGCUUUGCUAUAAAAAAGUAAAUAGUUAAAAAGCAGUAAAGGAAUUAAGUGUGCUCAACAAGUGUGACGAACCAUUGUGCACCCGCAACACACUUGGCCUAUAAGCGUACAAAAAUACAAAUACAACAACAAAUGCGUGAACUCACAUAUGCAUGUAUGUGCGUGUAUGUUAAAUAAAAAUUCCAAGUGAUCGCGCAAUAAAGCGGAAACGGAAAUUCGAGUUCCUUCCAAAGGGAUUUUUUUAUCGAUUCCUGAAAAUAACUAAAUGCACUCGAUAUUAAGGCACAUUCUGGUCGAAAAGAAUUUAAUGCAUUUAAAUUUCUGCAGCUGAGACUCAACGCUGACUUGUUUCAGCAAGCGCCAAACUGGUUUAUGUCAUUUAACUAUACAGACAACACAGUUCAAAACAGAUUCAUUCACAGAAAACUUGCAAAAUACAACAAAGCUAAUACAACAACAACACAAGUAACGAUCGAACGCCCGAUAAAUGCUAAUUGGUACGCGGUCACAGCUUGAGGUGAGCCCUUGUACAGUAGCUACCAAGCGAGUUGCCAGCUACAACAAUAUUGCCAAGAAAUAUAACACAUAAAUCAGCAGCACUAACAAAAUAAAGUGUCAAAGCAAACUAUAAAUAAAUAUUUAAAUAAAAUUUGCCACUCUUUGCAUUCUGAGCAACACAGCAAAAAUAAGAAACACAAAAUGUCAAAUGUAUGUGCAACAUGCGGCAAUAUGCUGAGCUUGGCUUUAACGCCGUCAUUUUAGCGUCUUUCUCCUUCACGUCCGCGCCGGUUUUGAUUACGUUCGAGUCAAAUGACAAGUAUCGCGACCGCGUCCCGCUCUUCUGCGCCUAGUUUGUGUUUGCGAAUCAGCCGUUCCGCUGGAUCGAUCAGUGCCAGCAAAAUUUAGCAACAACAACAACAAAAGCAACGUAAAUUAACAACAAACACUGCAAUUAGUCGAACAUAGGGAGCGUGUGUACCGCUCUCCGCGCCGUUAUCGUUAUCGUCGUCGCCGCGUUACGCUUGAUCGAGCCACGCAAGGCAAGAAAUCGAGCCGAGUUCUUUGUUGGCUGCAAAAAAAAGUAAAUAUCAAAUACAACAACAAAUAAUAAUAAUAGUAAUAAAGUGCAGUGAAUUCAACGAAUGAUAAAUAUUUCGCGAAGUUUAUAUAAAAUUGUGUUUAUAUAAUAUUUCAAUCAGCUAUCUAUUUUGUGCGAAAAAUCUUUAAUAAUAUUUGAAAAUUAAAAAUAUUGUGUGUAUAAGUGUAUAGUAUAUAGUGUCGAGUCUUAAAUAGAAAAAAUAUAUUUUCUUUAAAUUUUGUAAAAGUCGCGCAAUUCAAUAUUCAUUAUCCAAAAUGUAUAUGAAGACAACGCGUCACACUCACAGCCAUGUGAUCAUGUGGCUGACACUGGGAUUACUCCUCAUGGUUGCUAUCCAACGCAGCGCAGCAUCCAUCACUGCUGGUUAUGUCGAUCAUGGAGAUAUGAAAGUUUGCAUCGGUACAAAGUCUCGUUUGUCAGUGCCUUCGAAUCGUGAACAUCAUUAUCGUAAUUUACGUGAUCGCUACAACAAUUGCACUUAUGUCGAUGGUAAUUUGGAGUUGACCUGGUUGCAGGAGCCCAAUAUGGAUCUUAGCUUUUUGGAGAAUAUUCGCGAAGUGACCGGCUACAUACUCAUCAGUCAUGUGGACAUACAAAAUGUCGUAUUUCCAAGACUACAAAUCAUCCGUGGCCGCACUUUGUUCAAUCUUAAUGUGCAAGAUCAACAGUUUGCCCUGUUCACUGCAUACUCGAAAAUGUUCACACUGGAAAUGCCUGCACUCAGAGAUAUACUGCAGGGGUCUGUGGGUUUCUUCAACAACUUCAAUUUGUGUCACACCAAAACGAUUGACUGGAAGGAGAUCAUCUCUGGCCCCAAUGAUCGUUUCACGCAUGUGUAUAAUUUCACAUCGCCUGAGCGGGAGUGUCCGAAGUGUCAUGAUUCGUGUGAGCGCGGUUGCUGGGGCGAGGGACCUAACAAUUGUCAGAAGUUCAGCAAGAUCAAUUGUUCGCCACAAUGUGCGCAGGGCCGUUGCUUCGGUUCGCGUCCACGCGAGUGCUGCCAUCUGUUCUGCGCUGGCGGUUGUACGGGACCCACACAGCGUGAAUGUAUUGCUUGUAAGAAUUUCUACGAUGAUGGUGUUUGCAAGGAAGAAUGUCCGCCUAUGCAGAAGUAUAAUCCUACCAAUUACUUGUGGGAGAUGAAUCCGGAAGGUAAAUAUGCGUAUGGUGCGACAUGUGUGAAGGAGUGUCCCGAGCAUUUGCUGAAGGAUAAUGGCGCGUGUGUACGCAGUUGUCCUGCGGAUAAGAUGGCUAAGGAUGGUGAAUGUGUGCCAUGUAAUGGUCCCUGUCCCAAGACGUGUCCCGGCACACCGGCACUACACUCGGGCAAUAUUGAGACCUAUAAAGGCUGCACAGUGAUCGAGGGCUCUAUACGUGUUUUGGAUCAGACCUUCUCGGGGUAUCAACACAUUUACUCAAAUAACUCGUUUGGUCCACGUUUCAUUUCCAUGCAUCCCGAUCGUUUGGAGGUGUUCUCCACUGUGCGGGAGAUUACCGGCUAUUUGGACAUUGAAGGCGCUCAUCCGGCUUUUAAGAACCUCUCAUACUUCCGCAAUCUGGAGGUCAUACAUGGACGUCAGCUAAUGGAGAGUUACUUUGCAUCCUUAUCGAUUGUGCGCUCUUCACUGGAAAGUUUGGAAUUACGCAGUCUGAGGCGCAUCAACUCUGGCGCCGUGGUUAUUCAGCAGAACGAUAGAAUCUGCUUUGUUAGCGACAUCGAUUGGCAAAAGGUGCAGAAGUCGGUGGACCAUGGUGUCGUGAUCGCGCGGAAUCGCAACGAAACCUUAUGCAAAUUAGAUGGCCUUGUUUGUUCCGAUCAGUGCAACAAGUCUGGUUGCUGGGGUAAAGGCCCAGACCAGUGUCUGGAAUGCAAGAAUUUCGCCUUCAACGGUACCUGCAUCGCCGAUUGCCACAAUAUAACGAACGCCUACCAAUUCGACAACAAGACCUGCAAAGAGUGUCAUCCCGAAUGUCUCACUUGCUCGGGUCCUGGCGCCGACCACUGUGAAGAGUGUGUACAUGUACGCGAUGAGAAACGUUGCGUUACAGUUUGUCCGGACAACAAGUACUCCGACUAUGGCAUAUGCCGUACAUGCCAUGAAACAUGCGAGGGUUGUACGGGACCUAAGGACACCAUCGGACCAGGCGGUUGCAAAACAUGUAAUCUAGCCAUCAUCAACAGUGAUACCACAGUCGAACGUUGUUUGCUGAAGAAUGAUAAAUGUCCGGACGGUUAUUACUGGGAAUACGUCAACCCACAAGAGCAGGGCAAUCUCAAACCAUUAGCCGGUAAAGCCAUCUGCCGCAAAUGUCAUCCACGUUGUGAGCUCUGCAACGGCUACGGUUUCCAUGAGCAGGUGUGCUCAAAGUGUGCCGGGUACAAGCGUGGCGAACAAUGUGAAGACGAGUGCCCGCCCGAUCACUAUGCUGACGAAACCCAUCGCGAGUGUUUCGAAUGUAAUCCCGAGUGCAAGGGUUGCACCGGACCCAGCGCGGAGGAUUGUAGCGCUUGUCGCAGCUUUAAAGUCUUCGGUUUCGGUGAUCCCAAUGACAACACAACAAUGUUUAACUGUACGUCUAAGUGCCCCGCAGAGUAUCCGCAUGUAAUUUACCAGUCAACAGAUAUUGGUACAUACUGCUCGGAAGUGCCUGUAAAAGGCGCUAAGCUCACCGCUGGUGUCGAUAGCUACAUCUUUUUCAUUGUAGCAUUUAUUGUCUUCGCGGUUAUGUUCGGCAUGUGCAUCGUCUGUUAUGUCUGUCGCCAACGUACUAAAGCCGAGAAGGAGGCGGUGAAAAUGACACGUGUGCUAAGCGGUUGCGAAGAUGCUGAACCACUGCGCCCGUCUAAUAUCUCACCAAAUCUGUCGAAAUUGAGAAUCGUCAAGGAUGCGGAGUUGCGAAAAGGCGGUGUACUGGGUAUGGGCGCAUUUGGUCGUGUCUUCAAGGGUGUUUGGGUGCCUGAGGGCGAGAAUGUCAAAAUACCGGUUGCCAUUAAAGAGCUACUGAAGGCUUCCGGCGCCGAGUCCAGUGAAGAAUUUCUGCGCGAGGCAUACAUCAUGGCAUCCGUUGAACAUCCGAAUCUUCUAAAGUUACUUGCUGUUUGCAUGACCUCACAAAUGAUGUUGAUCACACAGCUUAUGCCGCUUGGCUGUCUGCUCGAUUAUGUACGUAACAAUCGCGAUAAGAUUGGUUCAAAGGCACUGCUUAACUGGUCCACACAAAUUGCAAAGGGUAUGUCGUACUUGGAGGAGAAACGACUCGUGCAUCGUGAUCUUGCAGCACGUAAUGUGCUAGUUCAAACACCUUCUAUUGUUAAGAUCACCGAUUUCGGCUUGGCAAAACUGCUUAGCAGUGACUCGAAUGAGUACAAAGCGGCUGGCGGAAAGAUGCCCAUCAAGUGGCUGGCGCUCGAGUGCAUCAGACAUCGUGUCUUCACCAGCAAGUCAGAUGUAUGGGCAUUUGGCGUAACAAUUUGGGAGCUACUAACAUUCGGCCAACGCCCACAUGAGAACAUACCUGCCAAAGAUAUACCCGAUCUCAUCGAAGUUGGCCUGAAAUUAGAUCAACCCGCAAUUUGUUCGCUUGAUAUCUACUGCACACUGCUCUCCUGUUGGCAUUUGGACGCCGAAAUGCGUCCAUCAUUCAAACAGCUGGUGAAUGUAUUCUCCGAGUUUGCACGCGAUCCCGGUCGUUAUUUGGUCAUACCAGGUGACAAAUUCACGCGCCUUCCCGCCUACACGAGUCAAGACGAGAAAGAUCUAAUCAGAAAGUUGGCACCCACAACUGAAGGUCCCGAAUCUAUGGUUGAAGCAGAGGACUAUUUGCAGCCAAAAGCGGCGCCUGGACCCAGUGGGGCGGAAGAUACAGAUGAGGUGCCUAAACUCAAUCGUUACUGCAAAGAUCCGAUGAAUAAGAACUCAUCGUCAGGUGGUGACGAUGAGACCGACUCGAAUGCGCGUGAGGUUGGAGUCGGCAACUUGCGACUCGAUCUCCCUGUUGACGAGGAUGACUACCUUAUGCCCACCUGUCAGUCCACCACGCCAAAUGGUACAACCGGCAGCAAUAACAACACCAUCAAAGCAAAUGGCCAUCCCAACGGUGGCAAGGGUAUUAUCGGCGGUGGCGGUUACAUGGAUCUAAUCGGUGUGCCCGCAAGCGUUGACAACCCCGAAUACCUGCUCAACCCGCAAGCGCUAAGCAUCGACGAUGCGCCCAUACCGACGCAGACGAUCGGCAUACCAGUGAUGAUGAACCGCAACGGUGGCCACCCUGUACUCGCCGGCGGCAAUGGCAGUGUUUUAAGCGGCCACCAUCACCCACACCACACGCCCGCAUCGGCGGCGGCAGCAGCAGCAGCGGCGGCGAAUACAAUAGCCGCACUAACUGCGAUGCACGACAUGAAUGUCGCGGCCAUGGUAGCGGGCAACGGCGGCUCGGAGCCGACCAGCUCGGACCAUGAGUACUACAACGACACGCAGCGUGAGUUGCAGCCGCUGCAUCGCAGUGAAACGCGUGUCUAACCUGCCGGCCAUACGAACGUCGGUCGUUGGUAACUCGUUGAUUGCGGUGCGCGAUGAGAUGUAGCCAAAGCGAAUGCGGCACGCGUACAAAGGGAAGGGCGGGAUGGUCGAUGGUGAAGGUGGAGAGGUAGAGGGAAGCAGAGAAAGACUGCAACACUGCCUAAGUGAACUUAACUUGCCACAAGAACUUGCAACGUGCCUCAUUUACAUACAACGUAUGCAUGUAUGACACUACGUAACUGUAAAUACAUACUAUUUAAGUAAAAACAAAGCGAAUGCAGCGAAAUCGAGCGAAUUUCGAACGCAGCAAAAGCGGCAUACACGAAACGAAGCAAAACAAACAAACAAACUAAUUGUAGCGAACACUACAGAUAUAUACAUACAAACAUAUGUACACUAUGCCACUUAACGUCACAUACGUAACGGCCUGGGCUAGCGUAGGCCAACGUAUGUACAUAGCCCAAAACAAACUUUUAGCAUUAGACAAUUAGCCUAUAACUGUACAUACAUACAUACACGCUUAAAAUGUAGAAUCUGAAGUAAAUAUGUAGUACCUAAUUUGUUGUUGUAUAAUGUAGUACUUACCGUUAAAAAGCGUAAGCAAUUGUAAAUCUUCAAACCAACAACAAGAGUGCAUUUGACUUGAAAACGAAGAUCGGCCAGCGAGCGGUUGGCAGCUAAUCCUCUGGGCGGGUGUGACAAUUGUAAAGAUUUAAUAACAAAAUAUUAAAGAAAUUAUAAAUUUUUCAACCGCAGCUGAUCUUCAAGCGAAUUAGUUUGUAGCGCAUAAUGAUGAUAGGCUUAAAUAAAUAAAAUAACUUAGAUUUCGAUAUUUUAAAAAUGUUAUAUUCUUAAGUUAAUUUCGGUUUUAUUCAUAACUACCUGUGAUAACGUAAAUUAAGUACGAAAACGAGAGAAAAACACGGAAAAAAUAAAAGAAAAGAAAAGCAACAAAAAUUUAAAAUAAUGAACAAAAACUAAACAAAAUGGCAAAUGCAACUAACACUUUAAUAUUAUUAAGGAAUUUUUUACAAAAUGUUUACAAUAAUUAUGCAACUUUUCGGGUAACUGUAAAUUAAAAUAAAAAUGUUAAUAAUAUUUUUUAAUAAUUAGCAUUCACUAGAAAUUUUGUUUUAUACCGAUAUUUUAGAAACACAUUUUAGCGGCCUUUUGACCAGCGUGUCGAAAAAUCGAAAAAGCGUAAAUUGUUAUUAUUUUAUAUGGAAGUAAAAACAUAAACAUAACGGAUUUGUUAAACAAAGACCAUUUUAAGCAUAUAUUAUUGUAACAAUUUUUGUUUGUUUAAAUUUCUAUACUAACAAGCGGUAGCUAUGCCUUUGGUAGUGACUUUGUGGGAGUUGAGAGUUUAAAUUUCAACCUGUUAUGAUGAAAAUAAUUCAAAAUUUUAAUUAAAUUUUAUAAAAAUGCAAAAUUUCAAAAAAUUAAAAUUUCCAAAAAAAUAUACUCAUGAAUAUACUAAUGAAAAUAAAUGUAAAAAAUAUUAAAUUCAAUUUCAAAAAAAUAAAAUUCAAAAAUUUUCAAAAAAUUAAAAUUAUAAUAAUUUCAAAAAAAAAAAUAUAUAUAUUUUCAAAAUUUCAAAAAAUUAAUAUUUUAAAUUUUCAAAAAAAUUAAGUUUAUAAAAAAAUUUAAAAUUUCAUUUGUUUAAUUAAAAUUGAAAAAAAAUGUUAUACUGAUUGAAAUCAUUAAAUUAAUACUAAAAUUAUAAUAGAAUCUGUAAUUAACUAUCAUAUUUAGCUUUAACGCUGUCACCCACGUCUUUUUAUCAAAAUUACAUUUUGUAUGAAAGCGAAUUCCCGUCUCGCUCUUCCCGAAGGUGCUACCAAAUAGCAAUUAUACACUUAUAAUACACACAUACAAACAAACAUAUUAAUACUGCAUUAU